AGUCUGAGUGAAUUCGACGUGGGUUUGGUUCGGAUUUAGUGAAAGGUUGAGUCUUGAAAGGGGCUGUGAUGGCCUACGAGCUCUCAGAUAGCAGUGGAACGGAUGAUGACCUUCCCCCAUCUCAUCAAAACCGAUUUCAAAGAGGAGGCCGAAGUUCUGGGAAUGGAAGAUCUACAGCUGUUGGUUCUGCUCCAUUACCUAGGAUGCACGGUGAUAUGGAAACACAGAUCCACCACAUUGAGCAAGAAGCGUACUGUUCAGUUCUGCGGGCAUUUAAAGCCCAAUCCGAUGCCAUCACCUGGGAGAAGGAAAGUUUAAUAACAGAACUUAGAAAGGAGCUGAGAGUAUCGGAUGAGGAACACAGAGAACUUUUGUCCAGGGUCAAUGCCGAUGACAUGAUCCGAAGAAUAAGAGAGUGGAGAAAAACCAGUGGUCCUCAGCGCAGUACACUUAAUGCUGCUCAGCCUGUUCAUGACCCUAUACCUAGUCCGACUGUUUCGGCAUCACGUAAGAAACAGAAAACGUCACAGUCUGUAGCUUCUUUAUCACAUGGUGGUGCUCCAUCUCCAGUGCUGCCUCCAUCCAUGCAACCUUCUUCAUCAGCCUUGAGACGAGGUCCUCCUCCAGGAGCUCGGAGCAAGAAGUCAAAAUCAUCCACGCAGGUCCCUUCUACAAGUAUUACUGGAAGGCCCCAACCCCCAACUCGAGGUUCUUCAGGUGGCUUUGUGGCUACUGAGCCUGCUGAGGCGACAACUUAUGAUCCGUUAAUAGGAAGAAAAGUAUGGACAAAGUGGCCUGAGGACAACAAUUUCUAUGAGGCUACAAUAACUGAUUACAACCAUAUUCAGGGCCUACAUGCUUUGGUUUAUGAUAUGUAUACAGAGAGCGAAACAUGGGAAUGGGUCAACCUAAAAGAGAUAUCUCCUGAAGAUAUUCGGUGGGAUGGUGAUGAUCCUGGAGUUUCUCGUAGGGGUGGUCGGCCUGGACCUGGCCGAGGGACUAAGAAGGCCAUUGGACGUGGUGGUGCAGUUUCAGGUGCAGGAAGGGGUAGAGGGACCAUAAAAGGUCAUUCUAAAAAGGAUUUGCCUCCACAACAAAAUGGCAUUGUCAGGAAGGCCAUGACUGACAUUGAAAUACUUCAUACUGACUCAUUAAUUAAAGAGGUUGAGAAGGUUUUCGGUGCUAGCCAUCCCGACCCCAGGGAGAUUGAGAAAGCAAAGAAAGUUCUCAAAGAGCAUGAACAGGCAUUGAUCGAUGCAAUCGCAACACUUGAAGAUGCAUCAGAUGGUGAAAGUGAUGAACAUACAUUCUCUCAAAGACAACCAAUGGACCAAGACCGAGGAUGGAGAAAACGGCAAUAUGAUGAAAUGGCAGAUGGUCAGGCAGUAGAUGGUUCAAAUGGUACCAAAAUCAUGAGAGACGGUGGAAUUGCAUCUGAUGACCAACGUUUUGUAGGCGAUGGCAUAUGAUAUUCUGAGCUUUGUAAUGCUCAGUUGUAGUCCUGCUUGUAAUGUAGUGUUGUGCCAUAUCCUAACUCCAUGACCAGCCAACUGAAUACUACUUGGCUUUUCUGUUUAUUGGUUAGUGGUAAGCUUUAGGUGUCAUUUCAUUUAGUAUAACCUUAAGCCCAGAUAUAAUCUUCCGUAAUGGCCCUUUUGCCUUCUCUUUUCUUUUUUGGUGCAAUGAAUGACACUUGACCAUGUGUAAAGAUUGUUUUAGUGAUGGCACUCUCAAAUAUC